AUGACAGGUGCUCCUCGAACACUUUAUAAAGAGGAAUUAUAUGUCGCUUAUCGUCGACAAGCAUUAGAUCAAUUACCAGGUGAUUUAUUUGUUAUUCUGGAUCUUAUGGAUAAAACUGAAAAUGUACAUGGAGCCAUUGUGACUAAUAGUGGUCCAGAAGGCUACACCACUGCAUUGAAAUAUCUUGCACCACGCAAAAUUGAAUGGAUUUCUAUAAAUGAUCGAUUAGGAGCUGUAGAUGAUCGUGCUGGAUAUGCUAGAUGGCAGCGUUGUUUGGAGCAUAUUGCACAAGUUGAAAAACAAGAUGGAAUAAAAUAUGAUUUUAUUGUUCGAACUCGACCUGAUUUAUAUAUCGCUAAAGAUUUACCUACAGUUGAUCUGUUACCUAAAAAUCGAAUACUUAUUAAUCCAUAUUAUGAAUUUUUACAAGAUAUUCCUCCAGGAUAUAAUCAAACUUGGCCUGAUCAUCAAAGUCCUUGUGAUAAAAAUGAUCAUGGACUAUCAGAUUUCUUUGCUAUUAUUCCAAGAUUAAUAUGA